AUGAACAGGAUUACACUUUACGAUUUUAUAAUUGAUGAAAUAAAAGGAGGAACCUAUUAUGAUAGAUAUUAUAGUGACAAUGAAAGUUCAGAAGAUGAAUAUAAAGAAGAUGAUAAUAUUUCUAAGAAUAUAAAUGAUAAUAAACAAAAGAAUAAUAAUGAUGAAUAUAAAUAUGAUUUUUAUAAAUUUCUAGAUAAUAUAUUUAAAGCAAAUAGUAUACCAGAUAAUGCAUUAGAUCAUAUGUUGAAUGUACCAUUUUUUUUUGAGAAAUUAAUGAGUUUUUCAUUUCUUUUAUGUUUAGAUAAUAUAUUGUAUGAUAUAACAUUUAUGCCUAUACAGGUGGUAAGAUCCAUAUGCCUUUUGAUUAGUUUAUUUUUUAAGAAUGCUAGUCGUAAUAUUAUGAACAUUUUUUAUAAUUUUAAAAAUUACAAGUUUUAUAAAUAUGCUGUGAAUAAUUAUAAAGAUCCAAAAAAGAAAUAUAAGGUGAGGGUAAUAAAGAAUUUAAAUAAAUUAUCAUAUAGUAAAAGAAAAGAAACUGAUCAUAUGUAUGAAAAUAAAUAUAUGAAGGAUAAGUCACAUGAUGAAUCUUAUAAUUUAUUUAAGAAACAAUCAAGGAAUUUAUUUUCAUUUCAUUAUCUUAAUAGUUCUCGUUUUAGCAUGAAUGCAUCACAUUCGGAUGAUGUAUGGGUAGAUAAUCAAUUAGAAAAAAAUAUAAAUGAUAAUAAUAUUAAUAAUAAUAAUAAUAAUAUGAAUGGUAAUAAUAAUAAUAUUAAUACAAAUGAUAACAAUCAUAAUGAUAACAAUCAUAAUAAUAACAGUUUUGAUAUUAUCACGUGCGAUAGUGUGAAGGAUAUCCAAAUAAACCAUGAACAUCAAAAUAUUAAAUGUGAUAACAUCAAUUGUAAUAUGAAAAAAAAAAACGGUGGUAAAUAUUUUUUAUAUAAUAGAAAGAGAAAAACGUCAAGUUAUAAUAAAGAUUUAAAAAAUGAAUUAUUGAAAUAUGGUCAUAAAUAUAGUGUUUUAAAAUCAAGAGAAGAUAUAAAAUUUUCAAGAUCUAAAACGAUUAUGUUCAAUUGUAUUAAUAAUAAUAAUGAUGAUUAUAAUGAUGAAAGAAGAUAUGAAAAGAAAUAUUUAAAUAAUAUAAAAUAUUUAAAAAAUAAAAUUAAAUUAAAUUAUUAUUUUAAAUAUAAAGGAAAUAUUAUAAAUGAUUCAUAUUAUAGUGAUAAUAUUUAUCAAAUGGAAAAAGAAAAUUGGACAAAGCAUAAAAAAAAUAAAAAGAAAAUAAAUGAAAUAUAUAAUACAAAAAAAAAACAAAAAAAAAAUAUAUUUAUACAUUUUUUUAUUAUUCUAUUUUAUUUAGGUAAAAAUAUAUUACAAAAUAUUAAAUAUAGAAUCAAUUAUAUAUUUAUAAAAAUAGUGUACUUUUUUCAUAUCCAUAAGUUAUACACAUUUCCUAUAUAUAAAGAUGAUAGAAAAAAAAAAAAAAAAAUGUAUACACAGUCAUUUGAAAUGAAUGUUCAUAAUAUAAGAAAUAAACAAAUCUUUGAUUAUUCUGAUGAACAAAAUAGAAAUAUAUUAAAAUUAGAUUAUGAUCAAGGUGGAGAAAUACAUAGAUUGAAUUCUUUACAUUUUCAAGAUAAUGAACACAAUAUCUCUUCAAAUAUUUUUUUAAAACAUAUGUAUCAUUCAAAUAAUGUAUAUAUAGACAAAUCUUUUAAUAUGUCUAAUAACGAAAAAACAAAACAAAAUAAUAAUAACAAGAGAAAUUUAUUUAUGUGUGCAAAGAGUGUUAUUCGUAGGAAUAUCAGAUUAGCUGUAAGCAAAAAGGAAGAUAUUCAAACAAAUAAAAAGGAAAAUUAUUCUAAUGAUGUUGUAGAUAAUAAAUCUGAACCAUCGGAUGAACAAUAUGAGAAGGCAAAUGAUAUAAAAAUGAAUCAUCCUACCAAUAAAACGUAUGAUAAUAAUGAUAAUAAUAAUGAUAAUAUUAUUUGGGGUGAUAUAAAGAAUAACUCUAAUUAUUAUAAAACUCAAAAACAUAAUAAUAUUCAUCUUUCAAAUAAAAACGAAAAUGAUAAUAUGGUCAAUGAAUAUUCUCAUAAUAAUGAUAAAGAUGUAACUAAAAAAUACUGCCAUGGUUUGACCUACAAAAAUGAUAAUAAAAAUUAUAAUAAUCAUAUGGUAAGUCAGAACAAUAAUGAUACUUUUAUAAGUGAUAAAAAUAAAUGUAACCCUUUUUUUGUUAAACCAUUAUAUGAAGAUGAAAAAUAUAAAAAGAUUGAUUACCAUUUUAACCAAUUAAAUGGAAAUAAUUAUGACGAGCAAAAUUCAAAAAAUCUGAAAAAUAAAAAAAAUAUAAAUAAUUUACAAAAUAUGAAUAAAAUAAAAGAUAUGAAAAAGAAACUUUUUAAAGAACAUUUAAAUUCAUUAAAAUUGUCAUUUCCUGAAUAUAGUGGUAUAAUUAGAUUAUCCUUAAUGUUGAUCUGUAUUUACAUUUUUUCUUUUGUGGAUACAUCUAGAAUCUAUCAUUAUAUAAGAGCCCAACCAUUUAUGAAAUUAUAUGUAGUUUUAAAUAUGUUAGAAAUUUUAGAGAGAUUAUUGAGAUCUUUAGGAAAAGACUUGAUUGAUAAUAUGAUAAGAACAUUUAUAAGGAUAAUUAAUUUGAAGUCAUAUAUUUUUAUAUUACGAAAUAAUUAUAAAGAAAAUGCCAGUAUAAAUAAUAAUUAUAAUAAUAAUAAUAAUAAUAGUAAUCAUAUAAAUUAUGUAGAUAAUGAAAAAUAUCGUUUAAACAGUUUUAUUUAUAAAAAAGAAGAAAAUAACAAUGAAUUAACUACAUUUGAUAAUAAUAGAAGACAUAUAAACUUAUUUACAAAUAAAAGUAGAGAAAAUAUUUUUAAUAAUAAUUACAUGGAUUAUAUAUAUAGAGAUAGUGUUAUUAAAAAUAAACAUGAAUAUGAAAAUGGUUAUGUUACAAAUAUCGAUAAAGAUAUUUUUUCUAAUAAUUAUUGUAUAAAUAAUAAAAGAGAUCAUGCAGACUCAUUUUAUUAUCAGAAUGAAAUUAAUUCUUUUAAUUUAAAUAAAAAUAAAGAAAACAACGUACGAUUUUUCAAUAAUGAAAAUGAUAAAAAGAAAAAUAAUGAAUCUAAAAUAUCUAUAUUAUUUCCAUUUUAUAGUAUAAUACUUAAAUUUACAAUACAAUAUAUAUUUGUUCUUAUGUAUAUCUUAAUACAUGCAUUUAUGCACCUUGUUCGAUUCUUAUCAUUAAAUAUAGCUAUCAAUUCGUCAGAGUCCACCAUGUUUUUAAUCCUAGUGAUGAGCAAUUUUACAGAGAUAAAAUCCACAGUUUUUAAAAAAUUUACAAAAAUAUCUCUAUUUACAAUUGUAGCAUCUGAUGCUGUUGAAAGAUUUUAUUUGUUCAUAGAUGCCUUUCUUGUUCUGUUAAAAAUGUCAACUGCAUAUAGAACACAAAAUUCAUUUAUUAGUAUUUCAAGUUGGCUGAUUAUUAUAUUAUUACUUGAGGUGGGUGUAGAUUGGUGUAAGCACUCUUAUUUGUUAAAGUACAAUAAAUUAAAUUCUGAGUCAUUGAAUAAGUAUUUCCACACCCUUUUGGCUGACGUUUUAAUAUCAAGAACUCCGAAUAAAAAUAUUUAUUACAUGAAGGAUUCUUUUUCAGUUCCAUGUAAAAAUAUUUUUUGCUUUUCCCACAUACCCACGAGGCGGCUGGGAUAUAUGUCUAUGCCGGUCGUAACUUUGAUAGUAUGCUCCCUUCCAAGAUUGAAUUAUUUAUCAAAUAUAUCACUUUUUUCCUUUGCCUUAUCUAUAUGGGUUUGUUUAUUUCUUUUCAAGAUAAUAUUAUCAAUUAUGAUUGUGUCUUAUACCAUAUCUGAGAAGAAGCAUUUAAAAAAUUUGAGAAAACCUUAUGAUGACAUUAGUGCAUUAUAA